GGAGACGCGUUGUGUCCAUGUUGCCGAGGUACAAGGAAGAAUAUUGAAGAUGCAGAAAGGGCUAAAAACACGGAGUACAAAUUAGAUUAUUUAGCUUCGUCAGCGAAAUAAAGACAAUUUAUUUACAGUGUCUCGAAGUUGUCGCAAUGGUGAAGUUGAGAGCCAGGUGUCUGCUAGUGGGUAAGGGGUUUUUUUUGUAAGAGACCGCAGUGGGGAAAAGCACCCUUUGUCACAUAUUUUACAACGAUGGCACCCUCUUCCAGAAGAACUACAGCAUGACAACCGGAGUCGAGCUGCUGAUGAAGAGCGUCAACAUCCCGGAGACUAACGACAGCGUGGAGCUCUACAUCGUCGACUCUGCGGGGAAGGAGACAUUAGUGAACGCCUGCGAGAAAAUGUGGGGUGAGCCUUCGCUGAUGUGCCUGGUCUUUGACCUGACCAGCGAGCAGUCGUUCGCCAACUGCAGCCGCUGGAUGGAAAGAGUCCGGGCUCAUUGCCAGGUUUCCCACAUUCCAGGUGUCCUAGUGGGCAACAAGUCAGACCUGUCCAGCAGGAGGGAGGUGCAGUCGUCUGUGGCCGUGGAAUGGGCCGAGAGCCAGGGGUUGGAAUACCACGAGACGUCAGCUAAGGAGAUGGAAAACUGUCAAGCGCCGCUCCUCGGUUUAGCCCGGACGUUUCACUCUCUCUACCAGGAGCGACGUGAAGCCAUCCAGAACCUUAGCCCGGGCUAGACCCUCUCCCCUCCCCACUCACACACACACACUCAUAAUCCAGAUAUUACACCUGGAAACACUUUUUUUUUUUUUUUUGUACAACUCUAUAGAUUGAUGUCACAAUAAU